AUGAUCGCUCCAGCGUCCCUCUCCCGCAGCGACAGCGAUUCCGCGGCGCCGACUACCCUCGCCGGACUAGACCUCACUGUCGCUCGGGAGCGCAGUCGCAGACGGCUACUAAGCAGGCGCGCAGCUCCACCCGCCCCGCCCCCGGCUGCUGCUUCCCCGCCGUAUGCGCGCUCUUCUCCAUUCGCGACGCAAGAUGCCGAUGCCGAAACCGCCGUCAUGAUGGAGGAGAAAGAGACAACCCCCAAUCCCGGCGCCCUGCCGGACGCGACAAUCAUGGAAGGCGUAGAGGGACCGCCUGCCGUUCCCAACGCGCACCCCGCCGACCCAGCACCGUCGGACGCACCGGACUCGGCGCUGCCACCGCCUGCGCCUGCCGCGGAAGGCGCCAGUGACGACCUCCCAGCAAUCAGCGAGGGAGAAGUGGCGAAGGAAGAAAGCUCAAACGGCGCACAAACGCAAGCACCCGACAAAAAGCAAGCAAGCCAGCCAGACACCACAAAGUCCGACGACGCACCUCUGCCUACAGAGACAACCGCCAACGAUCAGCCCACCGAACAAGCCGAACCUCCGCAACCCUCAGAAGAAGCUACUCAGACCAACGACAACAUUGUGCCCAAUGUUGCAAGCUUGCCUGACCCUUUCGUCUCAGGGCCCCAAGACCUGAACAGUGCAGCAGGACCGGGCGUAUUGCUGAUGGACGGGUCCAAUGGGCAAGACUACCUCGGUAGCAUGGAUGUUCAACCAUCCGAUGCCAUGGCAAUCCCCCCAGACAUGCUCGCCCCCACUUAUCUAUCCUCCAACGCAGGUCUUCAAGUCGAAGACAGCCGUCAGUGUGCUUUCGCCAAGCUCGAGUUCCCCGAUGGAGAUUUCUACAUGACAACGUACGCGGUGGAGUUGGGUCGAGACACUCGUGCGUUCCGGCAAGAGAUGCGGAGGCGUAACCAGGAAGAGCUCCAGGAGCAACAGGUGACUGGCAAUGGGGGAGAAGGCCCGCAAACACCCAUGAGGCCAACUGCCCCUAGUGUAGCAAGUGUCUGCCGCAGCAACCUCAGCGAGUGUGGCGGUAUCAUGGGAGGAGAUGACUACCAUGUUAAUGUUGCGCCUUUGAAGCGGAAAAGGAGGAAGAAAGAGGCAAAAUCGACCAGCUCGUCGUCACAGCGUCACUCCCGAAAGAGCUCCAUCGCUGGCAGCAACGCGUUCGAACCGGUCGAUUACAACGGGCUUGUCUACCAGUCUCAGCCGGAGUCCUCUUCCUUUCUUCCCGACCCUUACGAAGUUCCUUUGGUACCCAUUCAUCCACCAACAUCGGACAGCGGUCCGGUCGGCCACAAGGGCAUCUCCAGAAAACAUCUCAAGAUCUUCUAUAGCUUUGACAACCAGGUUUUCGAAAUGAAGGUGCUUGGCAGGAAUGGUGCUUUCUUGAACGAGGUUCAUUAUAUGCCGGAAAACGAUGCCGUUGAGCUUCACGAUGGCGACAAGAUCCAAAUCGGUGCCGUCACCAUGAUGUUCCGACUACCGAAUGCUCCGGCGGAUGAUGAAGAUGUUCGCUCAGAGAGCUCCGACAGCAUCAGCGGAGGCAUCAGUCUCAACUUCGAAGAUGGACGAGGCCAAAGUAUCAUUCCUGACGACGAGAGCGACGACGAUGGCUUCAGCUAUGCCGAGCAAUACGACUUUAGCCCGCACGCCUAUGGCUGGGACUCUGAAGAAGAAGAGUUUUCUGCUGAUGACGAUGCAGAGGACGAAUAUCGCGAGCACGAGCAAUUGCCAAAGGUGAAGCUCAAGUUGAAGCUCAAACAGCCAGCUCAGCAAGCGCCAGCUAAGCAAUCGAAGGCGGAAGCCCGCCUCAAGAAGAAAAAGAAGAAGGAGAAACAGAAGCUCAAGGCCAAGCAAGAGGCCAAGGCCAAGGUCGCUGGGAAGACAGCACCGAAAGCUCAGGGUGCCGAUACCGCCGAUGACCUUGGAAAGGACAAGGCCAAAGAGAAAGAAAAGGAGAAGGAGAAGGAGAAAGAAAAGAAGGAGAAAAAGGAGAAGGUCGCGUCCAAAACGACUUCGAAGACGACCUCGAAAGCACCCUCAAAGACGGUUGCUCAACCCAAGGAGAAGAGUGAACCAACAUCCCAAGUCAACAUUGUUCCCCCUGAAGAUGUGCCACAGCCGAGCACGGAGAUACCACAACCAGAGAUCAAGACCGAAGGGGCCAAGGACAAAGAAGAGAAGAAGUCCGAAGCGCAGCCAAACAAGGACAACAGCGGCAGGCGUGUCUUGACUGCUGAAGAGGCUGAAAAACUUGGCCUGGAGCCUGGCACAGUUAUUGAGAGGAAGAAGGGACCAGGCCGACCGCCAAAGGACGGAAUCAUGUCCAAACGUGAGAAAGCUGAGAUCAUGCGACGCAAGAAAGAGGCCGAAAAGGCCAGAAAGCUGGGACUUGAUCCAGAGUCUAUCACGAAGGUUGACCUCACCCGCCCUCGUGAGAAGAAGGAUGGAGAGGGUAAAGCAGACAAGAAGCCCAAGGAUGGCACUGAGGGCGAGUCUGCAGGACCGGAUGGUGAAGGCCAGGGUGCAGAGAAGAAGUCGGUUAAGAUCUCGAGGCCACUGCGCACGCCGUCGCCGGAGAUGAAAGAGUCCGACUACACAGAAGAACAGCUUCAGCGCCCAGCGGCCAACUACGUCGUCCUCAUUCAUGAAGCCAUCUCGAACUCAAAGGAAGGGAAGCUCAAUCUCCAGCAGAUUUACAGCGCCAUUGAACGUAAGUAUCCGUACUACAAGUUCAAGACUGGGACUACAGGCUGGCAGAGCAGUGUCCGGCAUAAUCUUGGUCAGCACGAUGCUUUCCGCAAGGCCGAGAAAGAAGGAAAGGGCUGGCUUUGGGCGAUCAAUCCCGGGGUCUCCAUUGAGAAAGAACGGCGCAAACGCGUGACUCCUCCACCGCAGGCUCCGCCCAGACCCUACUAUCCCCCAAGUCAUCAGUCCCCUUAUGGAAUGCCCCACGGCGCACCCGGCUAUCAGCACCCUCCUGGCCCAUACCCUCCAAGGCCGCCGGCGGCACCUGGCCAACCGUAUCCGGCAGCGCAGCAACGCACCUACCAAUCUCCGUAUGGCUCUCAGCCUCUUGGACAAGCAGCGCAGCCUGUUCAGCACCGGCCGCCAUAUGGGCCUCCCAAUGGUGCUCGGCCGCCUUACCCCAGUCCUUAUGGGGCUUCCCCUUACGGCGCUCCGCCGAGUGCACCCGCCAUGUCUUAUCCUCCGAAUUCUUCAGCAGCACUCCCUCCUGGAGGCUCGUAUGCAACGGCCAGCCCGUCGCCUUAUGCCACUUCGGGUGCGCCCGCUUAUUCUCCGCCAGCUCAUGCACCUGCUUAUCCUCCGCGUCCGCCUCAUUCUACGCAAUCACAACAUAGCCAACCCGGAACGUCACAGCCCUCGCAGCAUCAUGGACAGCACAACAACACACCAACGCCCGUCUCUGCCAGUCAUCCGCCCAAUGAACCCAUUCCACCAAGAAAACCUAAUCUGUAUUCGGAUACCGCGCCAUACGCCCCAAUGCUCAACAAUUUCCGCGAUUACUACAUCAGGAACGCUCAUGCUAUGCUUAAGCGUAAACUGACGCGGGAUGAGAUUGUCAAACUCACUGAUCGUGGCCUGGAGCGCGCUCUCUUUCCGGAGAGAUAUCCGCCGAAGAAGGAGGAGGAUAUGGAUGAAAGUGCAAAGCUGGAUCUGAAAGACGAGAAAGAUAUUGAAGAUGCUGUUAAAGGCAUGCUGAAGAAAUUCAACUAUGGCUAUCUCAUUGAGGAGGCCGAGAGACGGAUUGGCAGAUCACCGAUGGCUGGACCGGGAUCUGCUGGGCACCCGCAGACGAAUGGAAGUACUUCAGUUACAGUACAGAGCACUGCCUCAACUCAGGUCCCUGCUGGCCAGACUCCCGUACCGGCUCAGAAUGCAACGGUCAGUCAACCUGCUCAGGGAUCGUCCGGUGUUUCUGGCCCUGGUACAUCAACCCCUGCUCAAAGUCAAGCGCCGCCGCAAGCCCAACAGGUCACCCAACCACCUGUUUCAUCCCAAGAGCAGACUGGUGGCCCGGGAUCAGCUCCAGUUCCGAAUGUCUCUUCAGAGCAGAAUCCAGAUUGCCAACCGCCUACGGAUACUACAAAGCUCUCGAUCGGGCAAAGUUCCCAAGACGCCUUGCAGACCGACUCAAACGACGGAGCUCAGUCUCAGUCUACGGCCGCUACCAUUCCCGCUACAACCGCCGCCGUAGCGUCGUCCAAUGUGCACCAAGCGCAGAUUUCCGCGCCAUCGCAAGUCUUGCCCCCGCGUACAAACGGCACGAGCACCCCCGUGCCCCCGCCGGUCGAAGCAUUGACCCCGCUUGGUGGAAGUCCAAAGCCUGGAACGCCUGUAAAUUCAACGCCUCCAGCGCCUGGAUCUGGACAGGCUGUGGGGAAACAGCCGCCGCCUGCCCAAACAACUGUUCCUACAACAGGUAUCAAGCGGAGCCUGGACAGCGACGGAACGGGAGAGAAUGAGGGCGAGGCGAAAAAACCAAAAGUCGAGGGUUGA